CGGAGAACGAUAGUGAUGACGAUUCCGAGAACGAUAGUGACAGCAAUGAUUGGCCCGCUGGUUUGGAUGAUUGGCCCGCCCGCGCGCAGUCGGCAAUGCACUAUAGUGUAUAGAAUACGGAUUUGCAAACAUAUUCCCUGGUUUCUCCACUAUGGCUAAACCUCGCGCUCGUCCCAAGAAGUCAAAUCCAGCGCGUCCGCAGCACCAGAAGCCAACGACUACGCAGCUGCGAAUCGGUGACGCAACAUUAUCCGUCAACAAAGAUGCCCUGAUCCGGGGAUCCCGGUACUUCGCCGCCAUGUUGGACGGGAAUUUCCAGGAGAGCGGCGCCGCCACUAUCGAGCUGCAACAACCCGAGAACGUCCAUCUGGAAACGCUGGUUAAACUGUUGGAACACCUGAACCUUGGAGACUCCAAGACCAAGUUGUCUUUGGAACGCAAAGACGUCGGCAGAGUGUGGAUGGCCGCCAAAUACCUGCAGAUGGAUGAAGCCGUGGAAAUGGCCGAGGAUAUCCUGCGCGAGAUAAUGGAGCGACCGAAAAACCUGUACCGUUUGUGGCGUCUGGCUCGUCGGGAUGGGCUGAUGGAAUUGGAGAGAAUGACCUUUAGGAGAUUGUUCAACACCAUCCACGCCGCACCCACUUUACCCAUUCCGAGGAGUUCCUCAAGUGCACUGCCGAAGAGGUUAAAGAUCUGUUGAGCGAUGAGGAGUAUGUUCCAGAAUCUGAAGCAGCUGUGUAUCGGGCUGUGUUGGGUUGGUGCAUGCACGACGACGCCGGGCGCCAGGAGUAUCUGCAUCAGCUGCUGGACGAAUGCGUCGUGUGGGAUCAUCUGGACAUAGAGUCGCUGAUAAGUUCCUCCACGGGGCCUUUGAAUAAGGUGCUAACCGAGAUUCUCGAGGAUCGACGAAACGGUCUGAAGGGCGGUGGAGCGUUGCUGAAGCGGGCCACGCCGAAAGAAGCCAUCUUCUACCACAUGCGCGACGGCCAUCCGCACCAGCUCCUCCGCUUCGACUUCGCCCGCAACGAACUGG